GUCACCGACAACGAGACAAGAUGGAGCGAAGUGAGCGACCGCACAUGAUUGUAGGAGUAGAUCUGGGGAUGACAUGUACCGGCGUGGCAUAUGUAAACCUCUCCAUCGGCAGCGAGACUGUUCGAUGGGUGCAGAAGUGGCCUGGCCGAUUCCAAGCAAACGAGAACAAAGUUCCGACAGUAGUAGUCUACCCAACUGGCUUCAAAGACCCGUCAUCAUGGGGCUUCCUUUCCGAAACCGCUGCAGAGACCGCUGCAGACGACAAGGAAUACAAAGAGUGGUUCAAGACCUGCCUUGAUCCAGAGAAGCUGCGUCGUAAGCAACUGGAGGAUCCAGAAGGCGCGCCUGAAAGCUUGGAGGAAGUCGAGAAAUGGUACAGCGACUACUUGCGGAAGAUGUACGAGUACCUUUCUUUCAAAUUGGGUGGUGAGCUUUCUGGCGUUAGCUGGGAAGAGGCCAGAAUCGAGUUCGUUUUCAGCGUGCCCACAACUUGGGCUCCAAUACCGACUGUCGAGAAUUUCAAGCGACUUGUGAAAGAGGCGGGCUACGGUACGCAUCCAAAUCACGAUGUGAACAUAGGCUUGACGGAGGCCGAGGCCGCCGCUGUGCAUGUAUCCACUGAAGCACCAGGCAUCUUCCGUGAGAACGACGUCUUGCUAGUCUGCGACGCUGGAGGUGGGACCACGGAUCUCAGUGUGCUGAAGGUCACUGGCACAGUCAAUCAAGCUAUUGACCUUCAGCAGAUGGAUGUCGUGUUCGGAGAGACCAUCGGUUCUGCUGCCAUCGAUUAUGAGUUUGAGAGGCUGGUAAUGCAUCGCUUGACGCUCGCACACAGCACAAAUCCUCUGCCUGUCGACCCUGCAGAUGCCGGAUGGGAGAUGAUGAAGAGUCGGGACUUUCAAGCAGUCAAGUGCGAAUACGGUGCUCCAGACGAUACCCCACUGUUCAGCAUAGGUAUUCCACGCGUUCCUCACACCUACAACAACUCUGAUCCGGAGGUUCGGAUCCGCAGCGGAGAGAUGACGUUUGAACGGGGGGAUCUCCAGCGAUUGUUCGAUAAGCAGAUCGCGAAGUUAUUCAAGCUGAUCGAUACGCAGCUGCAAUCGCUAUUCCAAAAGUUUCCAAGAGAGCAUGUAGCACAUCUUGUCCUCAGUGGCGGUUUGGGCAAUAGCGCGUAUGUGCAGUCGCAACUCCGAAAAUACUAUGCACGCACCUCAUUCCCAAACGCCGAGUCAAUCUCCGUAAGCAUAGCGCCUGACCCUCAGCUUGCUGUGUGUAAAGGUCUGGUCAGCGAUCGUAUGCGAAAGAUUCUGACAUCACGAUCGGUUCUUGGAUGGCGUUGCUGCCGCGCUUCAUACGGCACGGUAUGCAAGAUUGCAUACGACAAGAAGAAUCCUGAGCAUCGAGGGAAGGCACUUGUCCGGGAUCCAUUGAACAACAAGCUGUACAUUACGCAGUCGAUAGCAUGGUUCGUCAAGAAGGGCGCGCCGGUAAGUGUCGACAAACCGAUCGAGCACAACUUCAUCAAGAAGGUUGAUCCAGGCGACCCAAGAAGGGCAUUUCCAACGACUGUCGUCGAGAGUGAUCUGGAGGCGGCGAUGCUACCAGAUCAAAUGAACCAAUACACGCGCAUUCUAUGCGAGAUCAGUUCAGAUCUCUCUGCUGCAGACGAAAGGAAGUUUCAAGAAAGGAACAAGCACUUCUGGUCGUUACAGAAGCACUACUUGCGUAUCGAGUACUCGGUGCGCGUCUUGAUCGGACCCGCAGACAUCCGUUUUGAGCUGUGGUUCAAUGACCAGAAACUUAGUCGUGAUGAGUCAAUCAGGGUGGAGUGGCUGCCUGCACAGAUGUCGCAGCAUCCUCAGAUAGCCGAGAUGUCUGGGGCAGAAAGAGAGGCUGUUGAGAUGUCGAACGUGCCACCGACGCCAAUAGGCGCUGCGCCCCCAAGUGGCGCAUUCAACUCAGAUCCGAACGGAAAGGUUAUGAGGACAAGCAGUUUCGCGGUGGUCAACAAGAGGACUAUGGCAGAUGUGGGCAAGAGGCCACGAGGGAUGGGUGGACUAUUUGGGAAGAGUUCUUUCUUUGGGCGCGGUGCGUAGAAUGAGAUUUGGAUCGCGACGGCAGCGCGAGACUGACGCGGUGCGCAUCGGCCCGGAAGGCAGCUUCCGGUAAUUACGUAGCUGACACUAAUCGACAACUCCGACC